AUGAAAAUCACUGAGCCUAAGACGCCAUACGCAAAACGCUAUGAUCCCUUAGAGGAUGAAGUUGAAUUCAGAACACUCGAUGCAGAGGACUUGGUUGUAGAUGAGUUGGACGCCGUGAGGGUAGGAGCUGGUGAAUCAAGCGCAGAUGGGGCAAAAGGUGUUAGAAAGGAUUAUGCCAUGCGUGAAGAGGAUAUCCCUGGAUUAGAGCUUGGUGAGCCUGAAGAGGCGGUACCAAUGAAGUUUAGGGAAAGCCAUUCGCCAAAGCAAGUCGUUGUUCAGGAUGACUCCGCGAGCGAACAUCAUGGCGAACCUGGCGAUGACCCAGAAACGCCAGAGGAAGAGGAAAAACACAGGAAGUUUGCCGAAAUGAGAAAGAGGCACUACGAAAUGAAAGAGGUGGCGAAUCUUUUAGGGCAUCCCGAGGAACUUGACGAGGAAGAUGACGAUGGCGAUGUUGCUGUUAAAGACGCUUCCAAUGGCAUGUCGGAAACAUCCAAUGCUCCAUCACCAGGACUUGCGAAUGGAGCCAAUGUGUUAGAGUGA